UGAAAGUUGGGUGUGGGGAGAAGGACAGGCAGCCACAAGUUCUGCCCUAAAAUCCCUACGCCACCAGCUGCAGCGUGAAAUCUGAUCCAAUCCUCCCCUCCUCGCCUCCUAUUAAUACCCACGAGUCGAUCUUCCCCUCGGUAAUCCUCGCAUCCGUGCAAUUCUUUCGUGUUAUAGUUUGAUUUUGCUUUCUCAACUCGAGAUGUCUGCCUACUCCGGUCAAUAUCACGAUGAGCUUAUUGCCAAUGCUGCUUACAUUGGUACCCCUGGCAAAGGUAUCCUUGCUGCUGAUGAGUCCACUGGCACUAUAGGCAAGCGCCUUGCGAGCAUCAAUGUGGAGAAUGUGGAGGAGAACCGUCGAGCACUGCGUGAGCUUCUCUUUUUGACUCCCGGUGCCCUCCAGUAUCUCAGUGGUGUCAUCCUUUUUGAGGAGACUCUCUACCAGAAAACUGCUGAAGGCAAGCCCUUUGUUGAUGUCCUCAAGGAGGGUGGAGUCCUUUCGGGCAUCAAGGUAGACACGGGCACAGUUGAACUUGCCAGCACAAAUGGAGAGACCACCACCCAGGGACACGAUGACCUUGGCAAGCGCUGCAAGAAGUAUUACGAGUCAGGGGCUCGCUUUGCCAAGUGGCGUGCUGUUCUCAAGAUCGGCCCCAAUGAGCCAUCGCAACUGUCUAUCGAUGCCAAUGCUAAUGGAUUGGCACGCUAUGCUAUCAUCUGCCAGGAGAAUGGCCUCGUCCCAAUUGUGGAACCAGAGAUUCUUGUCGACGGGUCACAUGACAUCGCAAAGUGUGCUUAUGUUACGGAACGGGUGCUCGCUGCGUGCUACAAGGCCCUAAAUGAUCACCAUGUGCUUCUGGAAGGAAUUCUGUUAAAACCAAACAUGGUGACUCCUGGGUCAGAAUCCGCAAAGGUAGCUCCUGAGGUGGUCGCUGAACACACCGUGCGAGCCCUCCAGAGAACUGUUCCUGCUACCGUUCCUGCUAUUGUUUUCCUUUCGGGAGGGCAGAGCGAAGAGGAGGCUACCCUGAACCUGAACGCUAUGAACAGGCUGAAGGGGAAGAAGCCAUGGUCGCUCUCCUUUUCCUUUGGGCGUGCCCUGCAGCAAAGCACACUCAAGGCAUGGCAAGGGAAGGUGGAGAAUGUGGACAAGGCAAGGACUGCCUUCCUCGCCCGGUGCAAGGCAAACUCAGAGGCAACACUUGGAGUCUACAAGGGUGAUGCUACUGGAGGUGAAGGUGUCUCAGAGAGCCUCCAUGUCAAGGACUACAAAUACUAAUCAUAUUUGUUAAUUUCAAAAUCGAGUUUUAUGUCAGGACAUGCGAGUUUGAGAGUUUGAGAUACCGACCUAGAGGGAUCUUUUCGUGUUACUCAUUGCGCUUCUGAAAUAAGUAGGGAUGCAUUGUGUCACUCUUUCCGCUAUUCAUUUCUAUUCCUUACGUGACUGAUUUGCUUGAGUUAUAAAAGUACUGUGUUUGGUACAA